GAUUGCUAUAUAAGUAGGUAGCAAAUGCUCUGAUCGUUUAUUGUGUUUUUAAACGUGAAGUAGUGAACGUGAAAUUUUGUGAAACCCAAAUGGCUCGAACCAAGCAAACUGCACGCAAAUCGACUGGUGGAAAAGCACCACGCAAACAACUGGCUACAAAGGCCGCUCGCAAGAGUGCUCCAGCCACUGGAGGUGUGAAGAAGCCCCAUCGCUAUCGCCCUGGAACAGUGGCCUUGCGUGAAAUCCGUCGCUACCAAAAGAGCACCGAGCUUCUAAUCCGCAAGAUGCCUUUCCAGCGUCUGGUGCGUGAAAUCGCUCAGGACUUUAAGACGGACUUGCGAUUCCAGAGCUCGGCGGUUAUGGCUCUGCAGGAAGCUAGCGAAGCCUACCUAGUUGGUCUCUUCGAAGAUACCAACUUGUGUGCCAUUCAUGCCAAGCGUGUCACCAUUAUGCCCAAAGACAUCCAGUUAGCGCGACGCAUUCGCGGCGAGCGUGCUGUAGCAAAUGCUCUGAUCGUUUAUUGUGUUUUUAAACGUGAAGUAGUGAACGUGAAAUUUUGUGAAACCCAAAUGGCUCGAACCAAGCAAACUGCACGCAAAUCGACUGGUGGAAAAGCACCACGCAAACAACUGGCUACAAAGGCCGCUCGCAAGAGUGCUCCAGCCACUGGAGGUGUGAAGAAGCCCCAUCGCUAUCGCCCUGGAACAGUGGCCUUGCGUGAAAUCCGUCGCUACCAAAAGAGCACCGAGCUUCUAAUCCGCAAGAUGCCUUUCCAGCGUCUGGUGCGUGAAAUCGCUCAGGACUUUAAGACGGACUUGCGAUUCCAGAGCUCGGCGGUUAUGGCUCUGCAGGAAGCUAGCGAAGCCUACCUAGUUGGUCUCUUCGAAGAUACCAACUUGUGUGCCAUUCAUGCCAAGCGUGUCACCAUUAUGCCCAAAGACAUCCAGUUAGCGCGACGCAUUCGCGGCGAGCGUGCUUAAGCUGACAGGGCAUCAACUUGCAGUGUAGUACUCUAUAAUCGGUCCUUUUCA